UUUCCAGGAAGUGACGUAGCGUAGUUACUAGGCACCAUGUCACGCUCACCACAUCCAGCCGUAGUAGCCCGGUAACGAAGAUUUUGUUUUUAAUGCAGGCUUGCGGUUUGUUUGUUUGUCCUUUCAGCGGAAUACAUCUUCUCUAAAGAAGUACAUGCAAGUGUAACGUGUGUCACCGUUUGUCGUGCGAUCCUUCGUCAGGUUCAGUGCAUUUGGACAGACUGUCAUGUUCAACCCCAGUGAACUAGAAGGUGAAGUGGAUCAUUCGUUUUUCGAUAGUGAUUGUGGUGAUGGCAGCUUCAGCAGAGAUAGAUGGAAAAAGAUGGAGAGCUCACCAGUGCACGAGAGGCUUGGUGCAAAACAGACUGCAAAACAAAAAGAUGGUUUGUCCCCAAGGACUGAUGGGAUUAAAAAAGACCAAGUGAACAAAAACAGAAGCACAGAGGAAAGGAAAGAGAACAGCUAUCAGUCAAAGGUGGAAGAGAAGAGCAGGGCAUCUAAUGCAUCAUCUAUUGCCUCUAGGUUAGAUGAGGUCAUCAAUAAUAGCAGUGAUAGUGAGGAAAAUAACACGUUGCACUUUAAAAGGCCCGAUGGAACAUUUAUGGCUUUGUUGGCUGAGGGCAGAGAGGUACAUGAUAAGGAUGUGUACAACCAGAGUCCUAAUGAGACUGAAGAAGAGGCAUUACCAUCCAGUGCCAAACACUUAGGCUCGAAAAGGAGAAAUAAACAAUCUCCUAAAAAACUGAUAAGAAACCGGCGCACCCGAAGUCCAUCCCCUUCUUCAACCGAGGCCAGCAUAGACGCAGACUCAGAAAGCUCCUCUCGCAGUAGCAAUGGGAGAAGCAGUUUAGGGUCCCCCACCCUUCCCAAACCCAAGAAGUCCUCUUUAUGCCCUGGAGAAAGAAGAGCCAGAGUGGGCUCAGCGGGAUCUCGGGAUUUACCUGCCAGCCAUACAGAGGAGUCAGAUGAUACAGUGACAGAUGUGAGCCCCCUCUCCUCCCCUGACAUCAGCCCUCUGCAAUCGUUGGACCUGAACCACACUGAGGCUGAACAGGGAGGCCUUACAGAGCAGCAGCAGCAGCAUCAGCAGCAGCAGCAGGAGAGUGUGCCCUCCAGUGGCCUCAGCAGUAUACAUCAAGACGAGGACUCAGAUCAGGAUGUGGAUGAGUACUCUCUCAGUUCAGAGAGUCAACUUGAAGAUAAACUGGUCUUCCGCUGUCCUGGAGGGAGAAACAGGAAGAAUUACUCAUUCACUAAUGAUGAGGUCCGGCGCAUAGAUCGAGAGAACCAGCGACUUCUUCGGGAGCUGUUGCGCCUUUCUCCCUCGCCCAGGCCAGGAAGUGUGGUUAGGAAGAAAACCAGUAUGGCUGGUAACUCGCCUCUUGUUCGCCUCUCUCACAGCGCACUCAACAGGCAGCGGGAACAGCAACGCAUCGAGAGGGAGAAUCUGGCUUUCCUGAAGAGACUGGAGUCUGUUAAGCCUACACCUGGCCUGAUGCGCUCAGAGCAACUGGCAGACUACCAGCGCCAAGUCGGAUACCUGGGAGCUCCUUCAUACCCCAUCUCUGGGUCCACUUCAAAGAAAACGAGGUCUGCCAGCAGGUCAAGCUCAGCAGGUCCCAGGUCAGCCAGUUCAGCCCACCACAGUUCCAGGGCAGUUUCCACCACCUCUGAGUCCAGCAGCACGCCUGCACCCAGGUCAAAAAAACUGAGCACAGCCCGGCCAGCCUGGUGCUAAGAACACCGCUGUUUCCUAAUCUACAAAGAGGCACAUCGCCUGGUUCCCUUUACUGGUAUCCAUUCAUCACAAAAGGUCAGGUGUGGAAGGUACAAAGUUCAAAUAAUCUUUUUUCUCACCAUACCUUUAAUCAGCAAGUCAGUGGUUGUGUUAUCACGCUUAUCCAUUCAAAAGAAGAUAUGACUUUUUUUCUCCUCCGUGAUGCUGAAAUAUAGCAAGUGAUGCUCUGGGUUCAAAGCUGUUGUAAUGCAUGAGAAUAGUUUAACUGUGGCUUCUGAAAACUGCAGUAAGUCUGCACAGCAGUUAGCUCGCUGUAUUUUCAUAGAAAAUGUUGCCUUUACUUCAACAGCCAUGUUGUAAUUAUAGAAAUAACAAACAAUUAGUUGUUUUUUAUUUGAGUGAAUGAGUGACAUUUCAAUUAAAUCUGCAAUUUUUUUGUUUGGUUCCUUCUCUCACAUUUGUACAAUAUAUGAUGUCCUAAAACAAUUAAAAAGUUACUUGAGAGUUAUUUUUCUGGUGUUAAAUAUAUUUUGUUCCUCAUAAAAUUAAGCUGCUAGCUCCACUAGUUAUCAGUUUUAGCAGCCUCAAAUAGGGGAAUGGUUAACAGUAAAUCAUUGUCACAAAAGGAAGAGGAUUCCUUAAUAGUUUGUAAUAGUUAGGAGAGUAGAUGUACAUUAAACUACUCAGUAUUUCUGUGGUGCUCAUGACUUUGAAUACUUUAAAAAUGUUCUUUACAAAACCAAAAAUACUGUGGUGAAAGCUUUUCUGCUACUUUUUGCUUGACAUCUUUUGUCCACAGUGUGUCUUUAAAAAAAAUGGCAGAAUAACACAUAUGAACAGAUUUUAUGCCAAACGAUCAAUUACUAAAGGUGAAAAUCAGGCUAAUGACAGUGGAUAUUUUGACAAAAUCCUACUGUAUUUUAACUGUAUUGUGGUCUGAAUGGGCAUUUUUCACUGAACACACUUUGUCAUGUUACA